CCAUGGCUUUUAAGAAGGAAUGAACGUGGAUCAUCUGCUUUACUUUUAAAAGAACUUUGCAAUAACGAUAUAGGCGAGUACAAGAGUAUUUUGCAAAUGACGCCCGAUUUGUCUGAUAUUCUGUUGAGUCUUGUGACGCCAAAAAUACAAGGAAUGGAUACAAUAAUGAGACAGGCGUUACCUGCAAGAAUAAAAUUGGAGAUCACUUUAGAUUUUCUUUCGUCCGGUAUUAGUUACAGGAGGCUUAGUCACUUUUAUCGGGUUUCAAGAUGUGCUAUAGGCAAAUUUAUACCAGAAGUAUGUGUCGAAAUCUACAAGGUAUUGGAAGAAAACAUUAAGAUCCCUACUAAUUUCGAAGAAUGGGCGGAAAUAGAAAAUGGAUUUAGAAACAGAUGGAAUUUCCCAUUUUGCUACGGUGCCAUUGAUGGAAAGCAUAUUCAAAUUUUAGCUCCUGGUAAUAGUGGACCUAUAUAUUUCAAUUAUAAAAAAGUAUUCAGUAUAGUUCUUAUGGAAAUAGUUGAUUACAAUUAA